AUGAAUCCAAAUGAAACAAUUCCUUUUGUACGAUUAAGUAAGCUGCUUUCUAAUGAACAGGUUACUUUAAAAGCAAAACAGAUAGCUCAUCAUUGGCGGAACAACCUUGAUCCUCGUCUCUGCAAAGAACCAAUUUCAGAUGAAGAGAAGACUUAUAUUUAUUCAUGGGUCAUACCACAUCAAAAAGCAUGUUCAAUCAUUCAAUGGAACGAAUUACAAAAUGAAAUAGUGACCAGGUUUGGAAAAUUCCGUUCGCGCAAUGAUCUAAAGAACAUUUGGUAUUCUAGGAAAAGGCGCCUUGACCGGUAUAAUACUAAAGUUCCUGAUAAUAUUGAAAAUCCUAAAGCUAAAAUUUCUUAUAUUUUAAAUUGA